AUCAAACCAAACCAAUCUCAUUUUCAUGCUAAAAAAACGGCAUUUUCAUUUUGUGCAUCCACACACUAAGUUGUUUAACACAAAACUCAUAAUCAUGACAAUGAUUUCCCAAAUAUAGUUUGUUGUUUGCAGUUAACUAAACAAAAAUGCAAAGCUUCAAUGCAACUGAACCAGCCUCACCAUUUUAUUCUCAUUCUUCCUUCUUGUUUCGGGGAGAUGAAUUCAACCUUAAUCCAACGUCUUUCUUUGAUCCUCAUCCUUCAUUCCAACAACACCAUACUGUUGAUUUAACAUCAAGUUCUGUGUUUGGUGAAAAGUCUAGUAAUGUCGCUGUUGUUGCAAAUAACUUGCAGUAUGGAACAUUCAACACUAGGAUUGGUUCAGCUUCUUCAGGCAUGGCAGAUAACACUCAAAACACUGAAGAUACUUCAACAACAGAUAUUGAUGAUAAAAACAACAAUCAAUGUUUCUCGACCGUGUCUUGGUGCAAUGGUGUUGAGAAUGGAAACCUUGUAGUUGUUGAUUCCAAGGAUCAAUGUAAGACUAAGGAUAAUAAUGCUGAAGAGCACAAGUCUCUACGUAGGUUAGCGCAGAAUCGCGAGGCUGCAAGGAAAAGUCGCUUAAGGAAAAAGGCAUAUGUGCAACAAUUGGAGAAUAGUCGAGUUAGGCUUGCUCAAAUAGAGCAAGAGCUUCAACAAGUACGUCAACAGGGUGUGUUUGUUGCGUCCGGAGUUACAGGAGAUCAUGGUCAUUCAGUGGUUGGAAAUGGUAAUUCAGGCACGUUCGCAUUCGAUAUGGACUAUGCGCGUUGGGUUGAUGAGAAUCAACGACUAAUCAAUGACAUACGAUCAGCUUUAAAUUCACAAACGGGAGAUAAUGAACUGCAUCUCCUUGUAGAUGGUGUCAUGGCACAUUAUGAUGAAUUAUACAGGUUGAAGAGCAUAGGAGCAAAGGCUGAUGUAUUUCACAUACUUUCCGGUUUAUGGAAAACACCUGCAGAAAGAUGUUUCAUGUGGCUUGGUGGAUUCCGAUGGUCCGAACUUCUCAAGAUAGUUAGAAACCACGUUGAGGCGUUAACAGAUCAGCAGUUGAUAGGGAUAUACAAUCUGCAGCAUUCUUCUCAGCAGGCUGAGGAUGCAUUAUCUCAAGGAAUGGAAGCAUUGCAACAAUCUCUUUCUGAGACACUUUCUUCCAAUGCAUCUGGAGAUGUUGCUGAGUACAUGGGCCAAAUGGCUAUGGCAAUGGCCAAGCUUUCAACACUAGAAACUUUCCUUCAUCAGGCUGACUUAUUGAGGCAACAAACACUGCAACAGCUGCGUCGAAUUUUGACCGCGCACCAAGCUGCUCGUGCUCUCCUCGUCAUAAAUGAUUUCAUUUCGCGAAUUCGAGCACUUAAUUCAUUAUGGUUAGCAUGUCCUAAAGAAUACUAGGGAACUGACACAUUAUUCUAAUGUUCUAUAGUGCAUCACUAGUGUUUAGGAUCUCAGUGAUGCAUCGCUGCCAUGUUCAAAGUAUGAACCGGGCGAAUAAUCAAACGGCUUCAUUGAUAAGAAACCUUGUUUUUCCUUAACUGCUGAUCUAAUUACCUACAUAAUCAUGUGUACAAGUUUUUAACUAUUGAUAAAUGUUAUGUAUAUUGUCACUUCAAGGGGAUGUUGUGGACUGAAACUAAUUGCUAUAGAUAUAUCAUUCCAAUUAUUUUCUCAUA